GAGACGGAACGGGCACACGGCAGAUCAACAACGGCAGCCAUGUUCGGCAAGAUAGCGCUGUUAGUCCUUUCCGCCUUGUCUCUGGCAGGAGCGCAGAUACCCAGCCUGGGCUUCUGCCCCGAAUAUGUACCUAUGGCCAACUUCGACAUGACCAAGUUCUUGGGCGUUUGGUACGAGGCUGAAAGGUAUUUCCAAUUGACGGAGGUGGUGUCGCGAUGUGUCAUGGCCAACUACACGUUGGGCGCUGAUGGCAAAUUCCGUGUCAGCAACGAGGUCACCAACAGAUUCACGGGGAUCAAGAGGGUGUUGGAGGGCGAGAUAAAGAAAGCUGCCUCGAAAGCGGAGGAGGGAAAGUUGAUCGUGAAAUACACGAUACCGUUGACACCAGAGACCAAAUACUCGGUUCUCGAGACCGACUACGAUUCGUACGCUGUUCUGUGGAGUUGCUCGGGCAUAGGCCCGUUCCACACGCAGAACGCAUGGGUCAUGACCAGGGAGAGGCUGGCACCUGGCACGGUACUGCAAAAGGCCUAUGCUGUUCUGGAUAAGUACAAGAUCUCGAAAACGUUCUUCGUGAAGACGGAUCAGGAGGACUGCGCCCUGCUGGACGCGAAACCGUCGCAACCGGAGGAGCAGGCCGAAACAGGCGAGAAACCUGAGAACGUGAGGUCGGCAGUGGCGCCGGACGCGCCACAGGCGAUCCUCGACUCGAGGAAAAACGUCAAGAACGAGGAGAAGAAGCCGGCGCAGAUUCCGGAACGGAUCAUGGAAGUGGCGGAUAACAUGAAGGAGAAGGAGAAGGAGAAGGAGAAGAAGGAGAAAGAGAAGGAGAAGGAGAAAGAGAAAGAGGAGGAGAAAGAGGAGGAGAAGAAGAGGAGAAAGAGGAGGAGAAGGAGGAGGAGGCGACGAAAAGAAGAAGGGGAGGGUGGAGGGGAACAUGGAACGGGCGGAGAAGAAGCUUUGAGAAAACUAAAUUCUUCUAAAUUCAUUCAGUCUUUCGAAUCGUCGUCUGUUAAAUUGAUAAAUUUUCAGCGAGCAAAGAGGGUUAUGGAAAUUUGUUUGGGCUUGCAGCGGUCCUUCGGCCUUAAAUCUUCCGAACGCAUCCAGCCGGCACUGUUCACAACACUGGCCGCACCACACAAGCAAAGACGGUGGAAAGAAGAGGAGCAGCAGCACCAGUCACUGGCGGACAGUUGGACGCAAGCAAUGUUGCGGAUAUACUUGGUUCUAACCGUCGCAAGCGCGGCGAUGGCGCAGGUGCCAUUUUUAGGUUCGUGCCCCGUCGUGGAAACCGUACCGAGUUUCGAUAUAAAAAAGUACGUGGGCAAGUGGUACGAGAUCGAGAAAUAUUUCGCCUUCUUCGAAUUCGGCGGGAAAUGCGUGACUGCGAUUUACAGCGAGGGCGAGAACAGCGCGAUUAAUAUCUUAAACAAGCAGAUAUCGGCUCUGACCGGAGUUUCGUCGAGCAUUGAAGGGGUUGGAAACCGGUUGUUAAGAUAAGAGGCGAAAUUGAUCGUUACGUUCCCAACUUUGCCUCUUCCGGUGGAUGCGCCUUACUGGAUUCUCGACACCGAUUAUACGAGCUAUUCUGUCGUGUGGAGUUGUUCCAACUUUGGCGUGUUUAGCAUGAGGAACGUUUGGAUUUUGGCGAGGGAACCGAAGCCACCGGUAUCCGUGUUGGAGAAAGCUUAUCAAGUAUUGGAUAAGAAUAAUAUAAGUAGGGCGUAUUUUAUUCGUACAGAUCAAAAAAAUUGCCCCCUAGAAAAUUAAAUGUGAACGAGUACGAUCAAUCAAAACACGUUUGUUUGAAAAAAUAGAUAGUUUUGUUUGUAAAAUACGUUUUAUGCUCAAUUUGAUUAGUGAUUAUUUAUUGAUCUUUAUUUAUUGUAUUUCAAUCUAAUAAUUUAAGUGUUUUAUCGAGCGUCGAUAAAGAAAUUUGACGAUUGGAUAUAUACGUCAAAUUUAUAUUUAUGCAAUUCAAUGCUCAUUUAUAAUUUAACUUGAUUUAACACUAAAAUUUUACGCUUUUAUCUCGCAUAACAAUUAUUCACCGGAGCAGAUGUAGAUAUAGUUAAAAUGUUAUUAUACCUUAUGGUAACGCGUUGUUAUAUUUAUUUAUUUAUGUGCUAAAUAGAAUGAUGUAAUGUACGAAAAAAUA